GCUUCUGCGAGCAAUGCCAAACGCCGCAUAGCUGACAUCACUGGCAGAGCAGAUGACAUUGACGAUGUGGAUGAAUCUGGAAAGCGAAAGUUUGAGAAGAAUGCCGAGCGUGAUUCGCACCGGUUUUUCUCGAAAAUGGGUCUUUCAAUCCCUCUUCGGAUUAACAAGAAAGUGUUCAAUGUGGAUGGCAAUUCUAUUGAGGCCCACUACCUCAAAGUCUCGCAGUGGCUUGGGUAUUUCUUGCAAUGCUCACCAUCUGUUCUGGCCGGUGGUCGUGACACGCAGGAGGAUCACCUACAAGCGUUCUGGAAGAUGUACCAAUGGGUGCAUCCAGAACAUUAUAUCUUCAGCCUGGACGCAGGUCGCCUUCGCACUACAAUUCCCAUCAUCAUUUUUGGAGAUGAAGGGAAGGGACCGAAGCGUGGGAACUAUCUCAUCACAACAUUUGAGACUCCUAUUGGGCCCUCUCAAAGUGAACCUCUGCAAUGCGGAUGCUAUGACUUUGUUGCAUCCAGACCAGAGCAUGUGCCGAAUUGCUAUGGUCCGGUGGCGCAGCUAGCUGAACUAGACGUCGCCUCGAGGCAAAGCACCACAAUGAAGGGUGGCAGUUACCUUACUCGCCACAUCUUGUUUGGCCUGCCAGACUUUGUGUACAAGGACUACCCUGCUGUCUAUGAGGGCCUCUUGAACCUCUUGGCUGAGGACCUCAUCAAGUUGGAUGAGCAAGGCGUGCGAGUCGCUGACCGGCGGUACUAUGGCGUCCUGCUGGGCCACAAAGGCGAUUUGAAGCACAUGGCCGAGAAGGCGGCGAAGCUGAAUCGCAGCUACGCGCAUUUAGGCUCUAUUCACCAGAUCGGCAGCAUGGCUGGCGCGGCGGGCUAUCCCUUCGAGGAUAGCGGCGACGUGCCGGCGUGGACGGAGACAUUGUAUCAGGGGCGCCCCUGGAACGAUGACCCACCGCUGAGCCGCUCGCCGUACGAUCAGGCCAUGCCCGAGAUGCUAUACAAGCUGGACUUGUUUCAUCUCUUCAAGGUCGGCAUUGGCCGUGAUGCGGCGGGCUCUACCUGCCUUCUUUGUCGACUGGGCUACUUCGACAAUGAAGGCUCUCGGCGCAACCUUGCUAGUCGCCUCAGCAACGCGCACAGUAGCGUCAAGCUCUGGUGUCUGGCGAUGCACAAAUCUCCUGGCCUUCGCUACUUCAGUCCUUCAUUCUUCAACAUGAAGCGACUGAGUGACUACGCUUGGUUGCAACAGGAGCCGCCUUUGCCGCAGGAGCACAAACGCCUCUUUCGACUGCUUCGGAGUACAAUUCAUCAUGGACUGCAGAUCUUCGACAUCGCCUACAGUCACCCUCUUUGGCUGGCAAGAGAAUGUGGGCAGUCAUUGUACUUGCACCUCACAAUUUUCCUGAACGGUUAUCACAUGCUGGCCCGGCAGGCGCUGGAUAUGCACAUGUCCUUCUUUGCAUUAAAGCCCAAAUUCCAUGGGCUCAAGCACGUGGCCUGGGACCUUCGCUGCGCGCUUCAGACACCAUCGCCUCUGGCCCUUAACCCUGCCGUAUACGCGUGUGACCUCAACGAAGAUGCUGUGGGGAAGUUGUGCAGCCUUGCUCUGGUUGUGAGCACGAGAACCAUCAACUACCGAGUUACUCAGCGUAGCUUCUUAAAGAAGAAGGCAGUGCUUAACAGACACCUGAAGCACCGCGCUGCUUCUGGACUUCGCAGAUGA